AUGUCAGAUGAGCCCUCAACUUCAACUGAUUAUCGACAGGAAAUACUAACUCGAUUAGAACAACGAAAUGAUAAAUUGCGAUUAGUUGAAAGACUCUUCUCGAACUAUGCGUUGCUUGUUGAUGACUUAGCUAACGCUAGGAUACACUCAGCUAGAAGCCGAUCAAUUAAUACAAGUAAUUCUACGGAAGUUCAAGUACUGAGAGAAGAAAUGACUGAACUAUAUAGACAGAAAAAUAAGAAUGACCAGGAUUUGAUCGAAGCUAACCGAAAACUCACAGAAACUAAAAGUUCGCUUGGUCGUGUUACCGAUGAGCGAGAUAAGCUGAAAGUGGAUCAUGCCAAGCUAUGCGCGAGGAUUGCUGAUUUGGAAGUUGCAUUGAAAAACAUCAGAGAAGAGAAUGAAUCUCUACGAGAUGAGUGGAACGCUUUGAAAACUCUCUCCACAGCACAACAGAAAAAAAUUCUGAAUUUGGAGCAUGAGCAACUUCGACUGAUCAACAAAGUGAAAGAGUUGAAUGAACAGAGAGCUCUCAAGAUGAACAUGGAAAUUGAAAAUCAGGCAGCUCUCCAACAACGUAGAAUUCAAGAAGAUAUUGCACGAGCGAUUGCAGAGCCCAUGAAAGAAGAAAGAGCGAGAACAAUCUCAACUGCAUCGGAACCAACUAAUGAUGUGAACUAUGGUGACAUGCUCCCUUCUCAACUCAUGUCUCGAACUGAAGUUAACGAAGGAGAUGUCAUGGAUGUUUUGUGGUUACAUCCUGAAGUGUUCGCGACGGCUGGUGUGGACCGCAUGGUUAAACUGUUUCGUUUAGACCAUAAUGGGAAACCUACAAAGCUAUGUGCAUUAACAGGCAGUAAUCAGGCUACGACUCGUUUGGAUUAUCUGCCAGACACUAAAAGUCUUUUAGCUGCUUCCAAUGACCACAAUAUUCGAUUGUGGAACAUCGACACUCAGCAGAGUAAAUGUACAUUCUCGGGUCAUACGGAUAAGGUCACUUCGGCUCGUUUCCAUCAGGGAAAUCACUUCAUAUCCGGCUCAUGUGAUCGUUCUAUAAAGAUGUGGGAUCUUCGUCAACAGAAAAUCCUAGUUUCUUUCUUCCCUGGUUCAGCAGUCUACGAUGUAACUGCAGAAACUAAUGGUGGAUCGUUGUUCUUGACAGGACAUUUCGAUAAGAAGCUCCGACUUUGGGAUGGCAGAGAUUCUCAGCCCAUCAACUAUGUAGACCUGGGAGGGAAGAUAACAUCACUAGCUAUGGCUUCAGAUGGACACAAUGUUCUUUGCUCCACAAGGGACGAUACCUUGUCUCUAGUCGAUAUCAGAGCUUUACGGAUAGUGCAUAACUACAGUGCGGAACAAUAUCACACUUCUUCUGAUUUUUCUCGUUGCUCCAUAUCACCAACUAUGGAAUACUGCGUUGCUGGCUCGAGUAAUGGAAGUAUCUUUAUUUGGAACACACACACUACGAAGCUCGAGAAGUGUUUGACACGUGGACACGAUAAUCCUGUACUAGCAGUAUCUUGGAAUUUCACUGGCAAAGGAUUGCUCAGUAGUGAUCGCCAAAAGCAUGUCGUAUACUGGUCAUAA